AUGUGGUUAUACUUUGCGGCAUCAGCGGCCAUGUCGGCGCUGCUGGCUUCCGGAGCUUUGGCCCAGUCGGUUUCCUACACUGCCUUGUCAGAGCUCACCUUCCUCAUGGGCACCAGGACUGAAGGAGAGACGAUCCAAACCGGGCCUCCUACUGGGCCGUACCAGUCGUUCGGGUCCAAGAUAACCCUCACCGGAGGGUCAAACAGCCUGGCCACGGCGAGCACGGAUUUCAGCCAAACUUUGACAUCCAACGACGCAAACUUCACAGCGACCUCGGCACCAACCCCCACAAACACGCAGCCGUGCAACAACUACGUCGAGUUCUGCACGCGCAAGUUCGGCAACAUCACCAACGUCGGCUGCCACAACUCACCCUUUGUCCGGCCGGGAAAUAGCGGCUCGAACCAACAGGUCGAUGUGACGACCCAACUAGACGACGGCGUGCGCUUUCUUCAGGCUCAGAUUCAGUGGCCGGCAAACGGCUCGGUUCCUCACUUCUGCCACACGUCGUGCGAUUUGCUAGACGCCGGCCCCAUAUACGAUUGGCUCGGCAAGGUUGCGGACUGGGUGGACAAGCAUCCCUACGAUGUGGUCACGAUCCUGCUCGGCAAUGGCAACUAUUCCGACCCUUCGCUCUAUGUCCCCUUUAUUGAACAGUCCGGCAUCACAAAGUACGCCUACUCUCCGCCCUUCCUCCCCAUGUCUCUCAAGGACUGGCCCACGCUGGGAGAGAUGAUUCUGCGAGGCAAGCGGGUCGUCAUGUUUCUCGACUACGAAGCCAACCAGACGAAUUAUCCUUGGUUGAUGGACGAGUUUUCUCAGGUCUGGGAAACGCCCUUUGACCCUACGGAUGCCAAUUUCCCGUGCACCGUUCAGCGCCCGCCCGACCUGUCCAAGGAAGCCGCCAGGGACCGCCUUUACAUCAUGAACCACAAUCUCAACGUCAAGUUCAAGGUAUUCGGCGCCGAGAUCCUCGUCCCGGCCGUGUCUCUGUUGAACCAGACCAAUGCCGCCAGCGGCAACGGCAGCGUCGGGUUAGCAGCGAAUAACUGCCGGUCAGACUGGGGCCGGGCACCAAACGUCCUCAAUGUCGACUACUACAACUACGGCUCGCCGAAGCCGUGUUCCGUGUUUGCAGCUGCGGCAGCGGUUAACAAUGUCACCUACGAUUACUCGCGGCCGUGUGGUCAGGUCUCUGCUGCGGCGGCGGCGGCGGUCCUGAUUAACAGCCUAUGGGUGGCCUUUGCCGCCGCCGUGGUCGGGGGUAUUUGGUCCAUCUGA